GGCGGAGAGGGCGCAGGUGCGGGGCGGGCCCGGGGGCCGGGCGGCCGCGCCGGGGAGAGGGCAUCGGUCAUGGCAGCCCCCGCUUCCUAAAUGCUGCCGGCCGCCCCUCUGCCGCCGAUGGCCGAAGCCUGGAGGCUGGAGGAGGACGAGGAGGAGCUGCGGGAGCUCGGCAGGAGGCACCGGAGGGUCGCGCUGAGCUCGGCGGCAGAUCGCUCAGAAAGAAAUAAACCAGACUGCCGCUCUUCAGGCCAAGGACCUUUGUCAUCCAUAAGAGCAGCAAUCAAGAGAUCACUCAUGAAUAGCGCUCAUCCAAAAUGCGCUCUCGAAGAGCUUCUCGGACCUCUAGCCAUAGUGAACAACAGAGGGAUAGAAGGCGUCCCGAAAUUACAAUAGUUGCUGCUGAACCCCUCCGGCCAUCCUCCUGGUUUCCAGGUGCAAGCCCUGUCACUCCUCAGGGAUUAGGAUUCCCUUCUGCUUCAUCUCAUGCUCAGUGGAGGAGAAAUGAACGUAUUCCAGCUGAGCUUCCACCGUCAUAUGAGCAGGUGAUAAAAGAAAUCAAUCAAGUGCAAGUCAAUACAACAAAUAACAAUAAUGCAGCUGCUCCUAGACAUACCACUACUUCUGCAACACAAACUGACUUUCCAGAGGAACUAAUCAACCAUUUGCCAGGAAGUAAUGUAAAAACUAGUGUGCCUACACACUGGGAAUCUGCAGGCUGUCGAGGGCAGAGUCCUCUUAAACCUCCUAGGCCUUCUGCGUCUCUCCUGAUUAAGUCUCCUUCAGAAAAUGAGAAUCCUUUAAUAGUCUUUGAAAAUCCUGAAGGUCAGAGGUGCCAAGAAAAUCCCAAUGCUGUGAUAUGUCCUGUGCCAAAGCCAAGAUCAAGAAGCAAUCUCAGACCUGUGGUCAAAAGUACUGACAGUAGGACAGACAAUGGCGAAGAAGUAAACCAGCCCACCACAAAACGGCAGCAACCUGCCGUUGAGCAGUCACCUCUUUCAGAUGACAGCUUACUAGACAAUCAAUUGGUGACGGACAGCAUGAGUACAGAAAAGAGCCAAAAUAGUAUUGUUUCAAGGAUCAAAGUUUUCGAAUCCCAAGGAACUAAUGAUACCUCAGGAUUAGCAAAAAAGCCAGAAAUUGCCCCUCGUUCAUUCACCCCAAGGUCCGUUACUGCAAAGAAGCCAGUAGUUGCUCCAAAGCCAGGGGUAAGCAGAAUUUCAGAAGAUUGGGAUGUGUGGACCGAAAGCAAAUCAACAGCUUCCAAGGAAUUGCAACCUCAGCCUGAAGUAGUUGGGAGUAUUGUUGGAACCAAACCUGAACUGCCAAAGAAGCCAAAACCUGGCCUUGUUAAAAGUAGCAGUAGUGAUUUUCUUGAUGCAAGGAGUGGAUGGGUUGCAGAAAGUAGUGAUGGACAAAAGAGAUUUCCUGUUCCUGCUCCAAGGCCUCUCGUUCCUAAAAAGUCAUGUUAUGCAGAAAAUCCUGCCCUGUCUUUGGCCUCACUAAAACCGAUUGCUGCUCCUUCAGGAGCUGCUGCAUCUGCUGAAGAAAAAGUUGGAAAGUCUCUGGGGGAAUUAUCACCUGCAGCCAACUCCUCAGCACCUGCUUUGCAGAAUAAACUAGAUGUGGAAGGAGAUCUGAUCAGUUUUGAUGAUGAUGUUUUGCCCCUAAGUCCAGCUUGUGUAGCUAAAGAUAGCAUCAGUUCUGAAACAGCAGCAGAUCCAUUUCAGUUCCUCACCAAAAGUGAAACUGCAAAGGAACAGCCAGCUCAAUCAGCUUUAGCUCGGAAACCCACUGUGAUCCGAAUUCCAGCUAAACCCGGGAAACCUUUAAAUGACAUCCCACAUAGCCCUCCACCACUUCCUGCUGAAAAGCCUAUUGGGAACACGUCCGACAUCACAGUGAGAAAACCCAACAGUGGUGACCUAGUGAAAAAAGGGGAGUUGAAUCAUUCAGAACAGGGUGGAGUGCCUCAGCUAGAACCUGUACUACCCCCAAGGCCUGUGGAUGGAAAAAUUAUACCAGCUCGACCUCCCCCACCUAAAGGUGCUCCUGGAAGGCCACCUCCACCAAAACUCUCUGCAACCAAGGCCUCUUCCAAAAAGGAUGCUAUUCCGCGAUCUAGUUCUGACAUCGCUUCUGAUAAAAAAAACAGCAAGUUCAGAUUGGGACCCAAGAGAACAAAAAGUGCAGUCUUUAAAAAUCCAGAUCCAGCAUUACCUCCUAGACCUAAGCCGGGUCAUCCUCUCUACAAUAAAUACAUGCUACCUGUGCCUCAUGGAGUUGCCAAGGAAGAUUGUCUUCCCAGGAACACGGGAGAACCGUCCUGUAAGGAUUCAAACCACCCUCCAAAAGUUUCUGAUACAAGUGCACCUCAUGCUGUAGUCCUGCAUGAUUUUCCUGCAGAGCAUCCCGAUGACUUGGACCUUCAUUCUGGAGACAUCGUUUGUCUUCUGGAGAAAAUCGAUACUGAGUGGUACAGAGGAAAAUGUGGGAAUCGCACAGGGAUAUUUCCUGCCAACUUUGUUAAAGUAGUUAUUGAUGUUCCAGAAGAAGCCAACAGGAAAAAAAUACCCUCUUCAUCACGAUGUAUUAAAGGUCCAAGAUGUCUAGCGCGAUUUGAAUACAUUGGAGAUCAGAAAGAUGAGCUCAGUUUUUCAGAAGGUGAAACCAUUAUCCUGAAAGAAUAUGUAAAUGAAGAGUGGGCCAAAGGAGAGCUCAGAGGCACAUCUGGAAUUUUCCCCUUGAACUUUGUGGAAGUAAUUGAAGAUCUGCCUGGAACAGGUACAGAAGCAGCACUGAAGAACAAGGUGGAGGUUUCUUCUUCCCUUCCUCAGACCAGCAGAUGCUCGGUACAGUGGUGCGAAGCGCUUCAUGAUUUUACAGCAGAAACCAAAGAUGAUCUGUCCUUUAAAAAGGGAGACUACAUCCAAAUACUGGAACAAGUAGAUUUGGAGUGGUAUAGAGGAAGACUAAAUGGAAAGGAAGGGAUUUUCCCAGCAGUUUUUGUUCAGACCUGCUCAGCCAGGGUAGAGCUGUCACAGUCUGGGGGAGGGAAGAAAGGAAAAGCCAGAGCUCUUUAUGAUUUUCAUGGAGAAAACGAAGAUGAGCUUUCCUUCAAAGCAGGUGAUAUGAUAACAGAGCUGGAAUCUGUAGAUGAGGACUGGAUGAGUGGAGAGAUACAAGGAAGGUCUGGGAUAUUUCCUAAGAACUUUGUUCAGAUUUUAAAAACACCAUGAAGUGUUGCCUCUCUUUGUACUCCCUGCAUGUGGGAGAGAAUGUUUUCUACCCUAAAGGCACAGCAAAGGCAUCAACGUGUGUUGACUAUCAAUGUUUUGCACUACUUUUUCUUGACAGUCAUACUAGUGUCUUUAAGUCAAAUAAGAACAUUUUAGUCCUUUGUGACAGUGUAUGUAGUCAUGUUUCAUGAAUGCUCUGAGAGCAAAACAAGCAGGAUUUUUAGCGGUUUCCAACUAGGGAAAUAUUGUGGUGCAACACCAUUUUAACUUAUAUAGCAUUCUAGUAUGUUUACUAUCUGGUAUUGCAUUUAUCCUGCACAAAGUCUGCAUAAAGUAAACUGCUUUGGGCUUCUUUAAAAACUUUUUAAAAUCCAAAUUUAAAGAAUUGUUUUAAUAUAUAAUUACUACACUCAGUAUGUAGAUGGAAUUUGAUAUUCAGGUUUCCUUACUGCUUGAGUUCCACGUUAGCAGUAGAAUCCACUUGUUUGUUUUAUGACUUAGAGGACAAGAAAAAUAACUGGUAUUUCAUAGUAGAAAGGUAUCAAAUCUAAUACUGGUAAGAGGGAAAACUCAGAAAUAAAUCCUUGUGUAGUAUUCUUCUAUUCCUAGCCCAAGCUGCUCAUACAGCAAGAUCACAGAAGUAAGAUUUUUAAGUAUUUUGCCUUUUACAAGUACUGUUUAAAUUGGUAUGAAUCAUCUUCAACCUUCCUCCCUUUCCCCAAAAUACUUUCCAGGUACAGGUUUAGAUUUUUCUACUGCCCACUGUUCUUCAAGCACCAUCAUGCCCUUCUUUCCCAUCAGAGGAUAGUUGUGACAGACAGCAUUUACUGAGCUUUCUCAGAUCCCAUCCAUGGAGUAGCUGCACUAUUCCAAAUAUUUGCCCCUCCACUCCCGUCAUGCAAGUGGAAAGCCAGUCUUCACUCAGUCUGUAUUUCAUUUGUCACUCAAGCACUGGAACAUACCUCAGUAACACUAUUCCUAACCUUAACAUGAAGGGUAUUACGCAGCCUUGGUUUUAGCUUUCAGCAGACGUGGGAUUAGUUUCCAGUUUGUUACCACAUACCAGCUAUACUGAGCAUCAUCAUAAAUGGUCUGUCAAGACAUUAAGGAAAACAUGCCUGGCAAGAGGUUACUCCAAGCAGUAUUAACCAAGGCAAUUAGUAAAAUGUAGCAGUGUGGCUCGACUGAUAAACUAAGACAGACACGACUGAGGAAGCUUCACAUUAUAGGAACUUCUGGUAGUAAAUUAAUUUUUGUAACACUUGGCUUCUGACAAAGUAUUUAAAUGGCAUCUAACUCCAUCAGACUGGAAUAGAAAACAUUAUGCUGCAGUUGGCUCUUUCACUGCUGACAGUAUUCCAUCAUUUCUGUACUAUAUAACAAAGAGAAACCAGUAAGCUGUUUGCACGAGUCAUUACUUCAGAGAGCUGCAGGUCACGAGGUAUGAAGAUAUCCUCAACAAGACUUUUCUUUUUGGGUCUGGCAGUUCAGGUUGCAGGAGGGCCAACAGUUGAGUGGUGAAUGGAGACUGGAAACCAGCAUCAUGAUUGACCUUGAGACAGUUUUGACUUGUCUGCCUACAGCUUUAUCAGUAUGAGCUCUAAGCAUCACAGCAAUAGGUCCCUGCUGCUGCAGGAGAUCAAGGUGCAUCUAAAUAGAUGCCUAAGCAGGCUCACAGCCAAAACUGAACUGAGGAACUCCCCCUGAGCAGGGAAUGGGCAUCCAGUCCCGGUAGCCGACUAGGGCUCACCUGAAACAAGCCUGAGGAAUGUGCAGCACAGACAUGAGGUCCUCAGCACCACUGCACGCAGCAGAGUCACAGUUAGGCCACAGAACUUGAACAGACACCGGCAUUUUCCCCCUGAUUUUUCUUCUGUUGUGUAUUUAAACUGCACUGAUACCAUAUCUACAACCGAGAGAUGAAGAUCGCACAAAGUUUUGAUGAGCUGAGAACUGGACUUCUGCUUCCAUUAAGGUUAUUAAUAUUAUAAAUCAAUUCUAAAUUAUGUGCCAUUCUAGGAGGGAAAAACAAUGUGUACAGCAAUUACUCAGUUUUAGCAUCCCCUCAAGCCUAACUGAAACUCCUGUGGAAUCAAACUUAGACAUAAACCACUGCCCAAGCUGUCCUGCCAAGAGAUGCUAAAACUUCUUGUUGCUUAUUCCAGUAAAACACCAUCUCCUAGAGAAUACCUAUGCCCUCCAAAGACAUACUGUAUCAGUGUAGCAGUAGACGAGAUUUAAGUGUAUGAUGUUUACUUAUUGUCUGGCAGUUUUCUAAAAUUUUGAUACAAGUCUCAAAAGUAGAAUCGAUUUUUUUAUAUUUUUUUUUUCAAUUUCCUUCUUCCCAUUUUUGUAAUGUGUAUUGACCAGUUGUUUUUGUAACUCCCACUGAAUGUUUCGAGGCAGUGCCUAUCCGCAGACCCGACCACUCUGCUGUAUGUUAAUCAUCUCCUCCCUGUGGGGCGGGGCAGGGCAGGGAGAGCAGCAAGGCCUUCUAUUCACAGCACCGAGUGCCAUCUAAGGGCUGCUCGCAUCGCUGCAGGCAGCUGAAACAGCGCCUUCGUGAACACUGAAACAAGUGAGAUGCUUGGCUUUUACAGGAGAGGAUUUUCUUGAGACGAUGCCCAACACCACCAUGAGACUGCCAGCAGAUCAUGAUGACAUUCCUAAGGUGUACAAAAAACCAGGAAUGAGGUGGAGCACAAAUCUUAACUGCAAUAUAGUAGCAAAUUUCAGCUGUAACCUUGAAAUUCAGCUAGACCCCCGUGCAUUAGUAUAAUAAUAAAAGUCUCAUUUGUCAAAAUACUGUUUGACCCACUCUCUGGAAAUAUCUUCAGGAAGACAUCUUUGUUCUGUGUACAAUUAACAGUGUCCUAAAUAUACCUUUGUUAAGUCCAGUAAGUUUGUUAUGGUACCUCUGUAAAUUAAGAAUGUAUUUAACCAAUAAAAUUUUUGUAAUUAA